UGAUGGGCUCGCCACCGGGGACAUCUCUCUCCUUGGCCAACUUUGCAUCAGCAGCUGCAUCGCCCUUGUCGGCAGUCUCCUCAAGCCCUUCCUCCACAUCAUCCACCUCAUCAAGACUCUUCUCCUUGGGCACUACACCGCGCUUGUUGCUCUUUGCUGCUGCGGCGGGACCGCCUUUGGUUGCGGUGGUUGAAGCUUCUUCAUCUUCGUCACCGCCGGAUGCUUCGUCAUCGUCUUCGAGGUCUGCGGCUUCUACCUCGUCUUCAUCGGCGGCGGACUCGUCGUCAUCGUCGACUUCGGCGGGAGCGGAGGCGGUGGUCUUGCGUUUUUUGGCCGAGGGUGCAGCGGGCUUAGCAGCGACUUCCUCGUCAUCAUCCUCGGAAGCGACAUCACCCUCUGCCUCGGAGGAAUCAUACCUAUCAUGCCAAUUAGUUUUGAUCCUUGCCGCAGAACUCCUCUUCUUGGUUCAUCAAGGCCUCCUCGUCAACACGGCAUGCGGUAUCAAUGGAUUGAUGAGCUGGAAAGAACGCGACGUGCUCGCGACUCCGAGAAGAUGACGUCAAACAAGUAAAACUCACUCUUCUUCCUCCUCACUAUCCUCAGGAAGCGACUGCAACUCCUCCUCCUCGGACUCUUCAGCUCUACGUUUGCGUGUUCCGACCAUCGUGUAUUAUUGCUGCGUUUCGU